AUGUCCACUGCACCAAACCCACCCGAAGAAGGCCAGCAAGACAACGUGAAUCCCGUUAAUGUACGGUCAGGUCCUCCAUCUUGGUCCUUCGAGUCAAUUACCAUUCCUCAACCAACCCUCCGCCAUGACCCGUCUCAUCCUGUCGCGCACCACAGUACUCUUGCGCCACGGAAUCCCACAUCAGGAACCGCCAUGGUCCAUGUGCAUGGCCAGGCUGUCACCCCACGCCUCUCCAGACGUCAAGCUCAUGCCGACCUCUCGAACUCCGAUGACAACGCCAGAGAGUCGGGCACGAUCAGAAGGAGACGACGGCCUGUUGCCAAUCCGUUCGGUACUAGAGAGGAAAUUGAGUCAGACGGCUAUCAGAGCCCUGUCGCGGACCUGUUUGGCAGAGCCUGGAUUCGUUAUAGAGAGCAUCAGGAGGCUGGUCGAGCAACCGGGACCCCUGCUGAAGUUGAAAGGCAGACGGCUGGAGAUGUCAACAUCCUAGGCACCGGACCGCCAAGGUCUGACGGGGUUGGUCUAGAUAGGACUAUGGCUCUGAACCGCCAGAGAAACGACAUGGAAGAUCGGUCCCUGUUCAUGGCCUUGGAAGCUUCACUCCGCCAGCGCCAGCGAGAAAACCCUCAUGCACACCCGAGAGUCAACCCUAUCGAUCAGCAGUCCACGCGACCGCGGCCGCUCGAAAGUGAGGAAAUGACCGUCAACAUUGCGUGUAAGAUAUGUUGCGAACAAAAAGUUGAUACUCUCCUGGAACCCUGCAUGCAUGUCGCUAUAUGUCACUGGUGCUCGGAAGUGGUCCGCGAACGUGCUCGUGAAUCUGCUCGCCGGCGUCGAAAUGAGCCAGACCGGAGAACGGAUGAGGAGGAUAAAUGGAAAUGUCCCAUCUGCCGACGUGAUGUCACACAGUCAAGAAGAGUGUAUCUGGCGUGA